AUACGCGCGACUAUUUCCAUGUUUUGAUCGCAAACAGCGGAGGGCUUCGGAGUCGUAUUCUGAGCCAGCUUCUCCAGGUCGCAUUAAAGAGCCUGCUGUCCUAUUUUUACUCAUGUGACUGAGCCAUUAGCUUGCUCUGAGGAAGUAGCUUUGUCGAGCUAAGUGUUGGAUGGUUUUUCAGUUGAACUGAUUUAAGGAGGUAUUAUGAUGCCGGUGGUUCAGUUGCUGAGAGCUGCAUUGAAGCAUGCUGGGAACAGGCCCCCACGCUGUGUUAUGCAGACGACCUCUGCAGUACAUGGCGUCAGAACACAUGCUUCAUCCUGCACUGAUGGUGACAAACCCAAAGUCCUCAUUACUGGAGGACUUGGACAGCUGGGGGUGGGGCUUGCUAAGUCAUUAAGGAGGAGAUUUGGAAAAUUCAAUGUGAUCCUGUCUGACAUCCGGAAACCCCCCAACCACGUCUACAAUAACGGUCCAUUCAUCUUCUCUGACAUUCUGGACUAUAAGAACCUCAGGGAGAUCGUGGUCAACAAUAACAUCAGCUGGCUGGUUCACUACUCAGCUGUGCUGUCCGCUGUGGGGGAGCACAACGUGGCCCUGGCUAAAGAGGUCAACAUCACAGGUUUCCAUAACAUAUUAGAUAUAGCCACCGAACAUGGUCUGCGUGUGUUUGUCCCCAGCACAAUCGGUGCCUUCGGUCCAUCCUCCCCUAAAGACCCCACUCCUGAUCUGUGUGUGCAGAGGCCACGCACUAUUUACGGUGUAUCCAAGGUCCACGCGGAGCUGAUGGGUGAGUACUACCACCAAAGGUAUGGGCUGGAUUUCCGCUGUCUCAGGUAUCCAGGCAUCAUCUCGGCUGACUCCCAGCCUGGAGGAGGAACCACAGACUACGGCGUCCAGAUCUUUCACGCAGCUGUGAAGAGCGGUCACUUUGAGUGCAACCUGCGCAGCGACACACGGCUGCCUAUGAUGUACAUCGAUGACUGUAUCAGGGCCACUAUGGAAUUCCUGGAGGCUCCAGACGACGCGCUCGUCAGCCGCACCUACAACAUCAACGCCAUGAGCUUCACGCCACAGGACCUCACCCGAGAGAUCCAGAAAGUCCUGUCUGACUUCAAGGUUACCUAUAAUGUGGAUCCUGUCCGGCAGGCGAUCGCCGACGGCUGGCCAAAAGCACUGGAGGACAGCGCAGCGAGACAGGACUGGGGCUGGAAGCACGAGUACAACCUGCCGGAGAUGGUGCAGACCAUGCUGACUCACAUUACUCUGGGGCCUGCUCUCCGUAUGCGGGUUGAUGUUUUAGUGGGGAGAAAUCCCUGGCACUUUGACAUGCUCCCACAUCUUUUAGCCCUUGAUAAGUUACCCAUAGCCACAAAUUCAACCCUCGACAGGAUGGGUGCACUGAUCAUUGCUUCAGUUAGAAGGGAGUGCAUUGUUAGCACCGGUAAUAAGUAAUAUUAUGUGGGAUUUCCUGCAAUUGGCUAUAAAGAAUUAUGAAUGAAAUCAACAAAUGAUCUGAUAUCCCCUCACAGGAGGAUUCACAGGUACACGUUUUACUAGCGUCUCAUCUAUUUUGAAUGUCAUGUUAUCUCAAAAGAGAAGUUCAACAUGUCAUGGGUACUUGUGACUCUUCCCUGCAGAAACUCUUGUGAGGAUGAUUUCUUUUUUCAAACUCCCCUUCCAGAUGACCUUGGAUCUUUCUAGCAGUGUACGGAGAACAGGCCACAGACCCAACAAAGACUUUGAAGAUGAUAGGCAGAAAGUCUAAAAAGGAUGACUGAAAUUGAGAUUUCCACAAUAUGUUUGUUAAGAAGCAAAACAAAAGGCAUUCCUACUGAACCAUCAACCCGAUGCCUCUUUUCUUUUCCUCUCUGUGAGUCCGUCCAGCAUUUGUGAUUAGUUUGCUGCUAGAGAGCGCUGAAUGUUUUCACCAAAGCAAGAUGCUGAACUUUUAAGAGUUAUGGUCUCUUUCUGAGUGUACACAGUAUGUAUGUGCUGUCUCUAAGUGUGCUACCAGUCUGUUGCGGUGUGCCUUAAGGGGCACGUCUGCCACACUUGAAAACGACCUGGCUUUUAAUAAGAGCUUCACUCCCACUGUUUACUAGUGUGAACUGUGUCCUGAAACAGUGGUGCAGAUAACUGUGGAAAUAGUGACCUACACAGUACUGCUGCAGGGACUGCACAAGAUGGGUAAACAGAAAAGGAAACCUAGCAGUGCUUGAGGCCUUAAAUUAUGUGCAGCAAAGGAAAUUAGCUUAUAGAUCCUGCUUGAUCUUUGCACUGGUGUGUUUUGGGCAUUUUAUUUAUUCAUUUAUUUAUAUGUUUUGGGGUGGUGAAUGGAUUAACGCGUCUGCAUUAGAUAAGCAGGGCUCUUCUGUGUGGAGGUGUAAAUAGAAAGGACUGGAUGUUCUGUUAAUGUUUGUUAUUUAUAAAGCUAUUAUUUCAGAAUUA